AUGGCACCUGUACCAUUACAAUUACCAUUACCAUUACCAUUACGAUUGUUCGGGGAAGCUCUGAUCAAGUCGAAAGGAAACCGUAUCGCCCGAGACCAAGCUAGACCUCGGACUGGACGUCUGAAACCCUGGGCUUUGGCGGUAGGCAAACAAAAAGCAUCAUCAGUCUCGAUCUUGACUGGACCCGUCUGGAACGACCUCGAUCUGCACGUGAUGGUGAUCGUGGAUCGAGGUUGUUGGUCCCAGGAGGAACAAGGAUCCAAUGGUCCAAAUGGUCAUGGACGACGACGACGACGACGACGUCGGCUGAGAUGUUCGGAUUGA